AUGUCGAAGACGGUCUGCGAGUGGACUUUCGGACUGACAAGAAACUCCAGGGGCAUUACGAGCACGUUCGGAGCAUUCCAAGCAUUUUAUAUUCGAGACCUGCUGUCGAACGAGUCCGCGUCGGCGAUAUCGUGGAUCGGGAGCGUACAAGCAUUUCUCGUGGUCUUCAUCGGCGUCUUCGCGGGCCCGCUGUUCGACAUGGGGUAUCUCAGAGUCAUGAUUGUGACGGGCUGUUUCCUCACCGUCUUCGGUAUGAUGAUGACCAGUCUGGCGACUUCUUUCUAUCAAGUCUUCCUGGCGCAGGGCAUCUGUGUCGGCUUGGGCGAGGGUAUCACUUACAUCCCCUGUCUGGCCCUGAUAUCCACGUACUUCACGACCAAGCGUCCGAUCGCCAUUGGCAUCGCCGCUGUCGGGUCGAGCUUCGGCGGCGUCAUUUUUCCAAUCAUGUUCCGAAAGCUCCAACCGCAGAUCGGAUUUGGCUGGACGGUCCGCGUUUUGGGUUUCAUUGCGUUAGCCUGCUCCGUUCUGAUCUGCGUCAUCCUGGGUCGGCACAAGGGUGAGGCACGCAAGGCACGUUCAUUGUUGGACAUGUCGGCGCUCCGAGAAUCUGCCUUCGUCUGCUGGGUGCUCGCAUUGUUCUUCCUCUUCUUCGCGUACUACAUCCCACUCUUCUUCAUCGUCUCAUACUCACGGUGGGCUCUGGGCACCAGCGAAGACUUUGCAUUCUACAUGCUCGCCGUCACCAACGGAGGGUCUGUCCUCGGUCGAACCGUCCCCUAUCUGCUCGGACAACGGGUCAAGCCGAUAUACACACUUCUGUUCUCCUCAGUGUUUGGUGCGAUCCUUCUCUUCUCGUGGAUCGCGAUUCACAGCUUGGCGUCUUAUGUGGUCUGGUGCAUUCUCUGGGGUUUUGUCGCUGGGGUCCUCGUCACAGCCCCUACGUCAACGACUGCGCACCCAGUCCUUUCACCAUCAAUGAACGUCGUCGGGACCCGGCUUGGUAUGAGUUGGAUGGGAUCAUCGAUUGGGUCUGUGAUUGGCGCACCCAUCGCAGGGGCCUUGGCUAAUGUCUCUACUGGUGACUUUCUUCAUGCCCAGAUUUUUGCUGGUGUUAUUAUGCUGGCUGGUGCCGUUUGCUUAGUUUGGCCACUGAUGUCAAUUGAGCGUUAUGACAGAGCAAAACUUCGACAUGAGAAUUCCUGUACAUAA